UGUUCCGUUUUUUCUUGGGCGGCCCUCAAUCCAAUAUUGGGUACCUAAAUUGGCCCUCACUCAUCAAAACUUUGAGAACCCCUGCUUUAGCUGCUCCAUUAACACAAGUGUAAUUCACUGGAGAGACAAGAGAUAGUGGAUGGAUCCAGAGGAGAACCAGAAGAUAGUCUGUAUAGAGCCUUUGGUUUCUGAAAAUGAUCAGGGAUAGAGCUAGAAAAAAACUCCAAAAACCUGAAUAGAGCUAGAAGAUAGCCAGUACAGAGCCAAGAAAGACCCAGUAGAAAGAAAGGAAGGAGCCAAAAGAGUUUGUAUUUUUUUAAUAUUCAAGCUCUUCUCUUAAGGUAUUAGAACUUCCUAUCUCAACAUGUAUCCUUUUAUUCCAAUAAAAAAAAACUUACAUUUUUGCAGCCAAUUAUUGAGAUUGUUUCACAGCAUUAUCUUACAUAUUUAGACCUUUUUCUUGAUAUAUAGAUUACAUAGGAUGAACAGCACGAUCCAGUCAAUCCAUGUUCUGCACUGUUAUUGUUAGUAAGAAAACCUCAGUUGUAAAUUAACAAGAACGAAACUGUGAUAGUUUUUGAAGCUUGUUCUCCCCCAGCUCUCCUACGUGAUGUCCGGCUGGCGUUACUUUGUCUGCCCGGUGGAGUUCUACACCCUGCCCUCCAUCCUGGAGUCCUUCACCGGAUGGACCACGGUGUGUCUGUAUCCGUUCCAGAUCCACAGCAUCGCUCUCUCCUCCUUCGCCUCCAUCAUGGGACCCUAGGAUUCUUCGCCAGCGGCUUCAAGAGCGGCUUCAAGAUCAAAAAUUUUGCCAACACGAUCCCGGGUCACGAUGGCAUUAUGGACCGGUUCGACUGCCAGUACCUCAUGGCGACAUUUGUUAAAGUCUACAUUGCCAGCUUCAUCAGGGGCCCGGACCCCAGCAAGGUGAUCCAGCAGCUCCUGGCGCUGCGCAUCGACCAGCAGCUCCACAUCUUCAACUCCCUGAAGGCUCACCUGACGGAGAAGGGUUUCCUGCCGGCGCUGGAGGACGUCAUGGCCUAGAGCCCCUCACCCACUGUGGCUCACCCUGAGGGGGAGGAGAGAGAGGAGGGCAGCACCCCGAGGACCCCCUGCUGACCCGGGACGCUGGCAGUGAUUUGUGUGUGAGCGAAAAACACAUCAGAGAAAAAAGAAAAACGACAAAAAACGUCAGCUUUUGUUCAUUCCACGUCAUUUGGUUUGGGAGUCCAGUGUUUGUGAGUUACUGUACUGUUACACAUUUCUGUUAUAGACGACUUGUAUUACCACUGUUGGUCAGAUAGACAUUUCUACCUGGAUAUCCUCUAUAUACCUAUUAAUGUGUGUUUUUCAGUUUGAAUGCACUGCUCUCAACACUCGCUGUACUGUAUUGUUACCCCCCCUUACAUAGCACUCCCCUAUCCUGCGGCCUGCCCCAGGGUUCUGUUUUAGUCCCCCUUCUUUUUGCCCUGUACAUGCUUCCAUUGGGCCACUUAAUUAGCCAAUUUGAAGGUGUCUCGUAUCACUGUUACGCAGAUGAUAUCCAGAUAUACUUCUCCUUCAAACCUGUCAAAAUGGAAAAAGUAAACACCCUCAUCACAUGUCUGUCUGCAAUUGAGGAGUGGAUGUCAAGCAACGUCCUACAGCUUAAUGCAUCAAAAACGGAAGUCUUGAUCUUUUCGGCUGAUAACAUCGCCUCUAAGGUAGCAAGCCACCUGGGUUCAUUCAGUGGUAACAUAAGGGCAAACAUAAAAAACCUUGGUGUUACCUUCGAUCAGUCUAUGCUACUAGACAAACACAUAAAACUUCUGACCCGUACCUGUUUUUUCCAUCUCAGGAACAUUGCCAAGCUCAGGGGCUUUCUAUCCAAUGCAGAACUGGAGAUGGCUAUCCAUGCCUUUAUUUCAUCCCGGCUUGAUUAUUGUAAUGCUCUGUUCUCCUGACUCAACAAAACAUCAAUAAACCGGUUACAACAGAUCCAAAAUGCUGCAGCCAGAUUGCUGACUCGGUCCAAAAAAAUAUGCCACAUCACUCCGAUCCUUUCUGCCCUGCACUGGCUCCCUGUCCAUCUCAGAACCCAAUUCAAAGUACUGGUCUUCACAUAUAGAGCUGUCCAUGGCCAAGCCCCAGCCUACAUCAAUGACCUUAUCCACCCGCACAUCACAACCCGGGCCCUGAGGUCCUCUGAGCAAGGCCUCCUAAGGGUGCCCCGAACCAGGCUAAAGACUAAGGGUGACCGUGCCUUUGAGGUGGUGGCCCCAAGGCUUUGGAACAAACUCCCCCAGAUAAUAAAAACCUCGGCCUCAAUAGAGAUGUUUAAGGGGCAGUUAAAGACACACCUGUUCCGACAGGCCUUUGGGUCGUCGGAGGAGGUGAGUUAGUGGCUGUCUUUAUUUUAUUGGUGUUUUGUCGUAUGUUUUAUCCUAUGUAUUACCUGCUGCUAUUUUAUGCCUUUUAUUCUACAUUUUAUAGUUUUACUUUGAAUUGUGUCCUGUGUACUGUACUGUAAAGCACUUUGUACAUCCGUGUUGAGAAGGGUGCUAUAUAAAUAAAGUUUUACUUACUUACUUACUUACUCAAGAACAAGAUCUGAGUACUUCUACUUUUACUCAAGUACAAGAUCUGAGUACUUCUACUCUCAACACUCCCUGUACUGUAUUGUUACCCCCCCUCCUCCUCCACAGAUUCUAAGUUUUUCUGUCGUGAUUGUUUAUAUUUAUACAUAGAUAUUUUUUAUAUUUGUUCUAUUAUAUCUAAAUGUUGUGUUUUAUUCAGACUGAAUUCACCUUUGCCAUUCGCCACGUGCAUUUAUAUGUGAGUUUGUGUCUGUUUUUCCUGUGUUUUCGGUGCCAUUCAUCAUUUAGUAAAAGAGCCAUUGACAUAAUUUCAUCAUGUAUUAACACAAAAUAAUGUCCUGAGAAGAAUAGCUAAGUUACCCUGAAGCGUUUGACAGGAUCAGUUACAGAUACAAUCCUCCAUAUAAGAAUAGUGUUUUAUGUUGAAGGAGACUGACACCAGCACCCUCUCAGAAUAGUGGUCAAUCAUUUGCAGAAAAGCUCUCAGAAUACAAUCAUGAUUUUGUUGAAUUGGCUUAUUCUCUGUGACAUAGAUUUAAUCUCUGACAACGAGCUGUUUUACCACAUGUUUUGUAAGGUGGUGGGAUUGUUGCAUCUGUUUGUUACAUUGGUAGAAACAAUAAUGGUUUCUACACUGCCAAUAUCUGCUUCUUUGUGCUGUAAUGUUAGCAGCUUCAGGGCAGAAAUACAGAUUAUAUACAGAAUGUGUUUAUCACUGGUGGACCUGUGUGUGUGACGGCAGCUGUGCCAGAUGUGACCUGAUUGCCAAUUCAAGGUGUUUUUCAGAAAGGACCCUUUGAUAUUUAUACCAGUGGAAAAUGUUGGCUUAAUUUGGUGGUUCAAAUAUAAAAAAUUCUCUAAUGUUGA